AUGACUUCACCAGCCCGGCUCGCUCUAACUAUCAAUGACAGAUCUUUCUCAAAUCCGGAGCUGGCAUACGAGGAAGCCACAGCACACGAUACGCUCGUUGAAGCAUUGCAAAUAGAGAGAGUGCGAGCCACGCCACAUGCAUAUGGGAUCCCGACUGCCUUGGAGGCGGAAUUUGGAUCUGGGGGAAGAGUGUUGACGUUCAACACGGAAUAUGAUGCUCUUCCAGGAAUCGGGCAUGCCUGUGGCCACAACCCCAUCUCGACAUCGAACAUCUCGGAGGCUUUGCUGAUCUUCGACCGAACCUUCCAAUCUGCCAGGCGUUUCAAGAUGCAAUGA